UUAAUGCCUAACUACACUAAGCACCACACUGCAUAGUCGAAAUAGAGACCACAAAUCAUUUCCUUGUCCCACGGCGACCAUUUUUAAAUGGGCAUCAGUUCAUUUUGACAGUUCGUUAAAUGUCUGUAUUAUCAAUGUGACUCACUUUAAUUUCUUAUUUUUAUCUAUAACAAACAACUACGGAAUAUAGCCAAUAUAUGAAUACUUAUAUCAAUGUCAGCACCAUCCUAGUGAAUUAAUUGUAUACAAAGAACCAUAAAAAUUUUUAUAAGGAAUAAGGCUCACCUUAGAAUAAGUAUUAUUUUUUCUAUGGUUAGUAUACAUUUUAAAAAGAGAAGAAGUUCUUAUUUUCGCGCUCUGACAUUUCUUUAAACUGUAAAAAUAUUUCUCAACAUUUUAUUAGUGGGAAUUUUAUUUUUUAAUGGUGAAUUUUGAAUAGAACGUAAAUUAAUAUCAGCUGGAUAUGUCAAGCCAAGAAAGUGCUAGUCAAAGCACAGUUCGUAGUGAAGAUGAUACGUUUAAUAUACUUGUAGCUACAGAUAUCCAUUUAGGUUAUGCUGAAGAUGAUCCUAUUAGAGGUUCUGAUACAUUUGAUACCUUUGAAGAAAUUCUUCAAAUUGCCGUUAGAGAACAAGUAGAUUUUAUUCUGUUAGGGGGAGAUCUAUUCCAUUACACACAACCUUCUCCUUAUUGCAUUAAUAAAUGCAUACAACUUAUUAAACAAUAUUGCCUGGGAGAUAAACCAGUAGCCAUUGAAUUCUUGUCAGAUCCCAGUCAAAAUUUUACUCAAUGUGUAAAUCCUGUCGUUAAUUACGAAGAUCCCAACUUAAAUAUAUCUAUACCAAUAUUUUCAAUACAUGGCAAUCACGACGAUCCAACAGGGAAAAAGCACAUUUCUGCAAUUGAUUUACUCUCAACAUCUGGACUUGUUAACUAUUUUGGUAGAUGGAAUAGUUUUGAUAAGGUCCACAUAUCUCCAAUUUUGUUGAAAAAAUCUAAUUCAAAGUUAGCACUGUACGGCUUAUCUCACAUCAGAGAUGAACGACUGGGUAGACUAUUUUUGGAUGAUAAAGUGAAAAUGUUCCAUCCACAAAAUAAGGAGGAAUGGUUUCAUCUUCUAGUAUGGCAUCAAAAUAGAGCCACCAGGGGAACUAAAAACUUUAUUCCAGAUAAUUGCCUUCCCAGUUUCUUGGAUCUGGUAAUCUGGGGACAUGAACAUGAUUGUAGAAUAAAUCCAGAGAGAAAAAAUAAUGAUGUCUUUAUCUCCCAACCUGGAAGUUCAGUGGCAACAUCAUUAAUAGAAGGAGAGUCGGUUCCCAAAAAAGUGGGUCUAUUGAAAAUUAAUAAAAGUGACUUCAAAAUUAUUCCAAUUGAACUGAAGACUGUUAGACCAUUUGUAUAUGGUGAAAUGACUAUUAAAGAUGAUUUGCAAAUGGAUUUUGAUCCUCCUUCUUCCAGUAACAGCAUGAUGGAAAUAGUUGGCAAGAAAGUUGAUAUGAUGAUAAGUGAAGCUAAAGGCUUAGGUCGUACAGCUGUGGUUAGUGAAAAACCUCUUAUCCGUUUAAUUAUAAAAUAUAAAAGUGAUAAAAACGUAUUUAAUACCAUAAGAUUUGGCCAAUUUUAUGUAGAUAAAGUAGCAAAUUCAGAUAAUAUGGUAAAAUUCCAAUUGAUUAAAGAAUAUAUGAGAAAAAACAAAGGACAAAAUACAGAUGAUCCAGAAGAUGAACAAUCACAGGGUCCCUUAUUAGCAGAUAGGGUAGAAGAUUUAGUAUCCGAAUAUUUAAGUGGUAAAAAUACUUUGAAAUUAUUUCCUUUAAAUAUUUUAAAUGAAGCAGUAAAGAAGAGUGUCGACUCUAAUGAUGCUAAUGCCAUAUCAGAUGUAACUGAUAAUUUUAUCAAAAAAAUGCUCAAAGACUUGGAAAAAGACAUGCCUGAAAUUGAGAACACUGAAAUCUGUAUAGAUACCUUGAAACAGAAUAUGGAAGAACAUUCUCGUGGUUUUGUUGAAAACGUUUGUGAAAAUCCAAAGAGACAAAAAAAGAAUCUCAUUGAUGAUAAUGAAAAUGAUGAUGAAGUUUUAUCAGAUAGCGACGACAGAAUAAAUAAAACCAAAAAAACAGCUGGGAGAGGUAGAGGCUACACGAGAGCAAGAAGAGGAAGAGGAUCAGCUUCUACUAAAAAAAAUAAUAAUGAAGAAAGUGAUAACAAUAUUGACGAUGAUAGUGAUGACAGUCAAUUUUCAAUAUUUGGUAUUAAAAAUAUAACUAAACCAACAGGUAAGGGGUCAAGGGGCGGAAAAGGACGAGGCAAAAAAUAACUUCCUUCAACUUCUCUUUUCUAUUUUUUCUAAAUAAUGCCAUAUUUUCAUGUUUAAAUUUUGUUUGUAAUAUAAAAAAAAAA